AUGCCUUUCGCUGUUAGAAGGCCUGAAGGCGAGGUCGGUGCCGUUUGGCCCGCCAUCGCUGUCGGUGCAUUCGUUGCUUUCGGUGGUGUUCUCUAUGGUUACGAUACGGGUACCAUCUCUGACAUCCUUGCCAUGCCGUACUGGUUGAGGUUGUUCGCUACCCACACCGAUGCUGCUGGCAAGCCCUACAUCACUGCAGGCCAGCAGUCUGAGAUCGUCUCGUUGCUUUCUGUUGGUACUUUUUUUGGUGCUCUCAUGGCUGCUCCUACUGGUGAUUUUCUCGGUCGCAAGUUGGGUCUGAUGGCCUGGUUGGUUGUGUUCACCGUUGGUGUCAUUCUCCAGACUGCAUCGACUUCUAUUCCACUUUUCGUCGCUGGCCGUACCAUUGCUGGUCUCGGUGUUGGUGGUAUUUCGGCUCUGAUUCCUCUCUACCAAUCCGAAACUGCACCUAAGUGGAUCAGAGGUACUAUCGUCGGUGCUUAUCAACUCGCGAUCACUAUCGGUUUAUUGCUUGCCUCUAUCGUUGGCAAUGCUACCAAGGGCCGUCUUGACACCGGAUGCUACCGCAUUCCUCUUGCUGUUCAGUUCGCCUGGGCAAUCAUCCUGUUCAGUGGUCUACUCAUUCUUCCCGAGACUCCUAGAUUCUACAUCAAGAAGGGCAAGCACGAACAAGCCGCUUGCUCGCUUGCCAGACUAAGACGUCUUGACGUCGAUCACCCUGCGAUCGAGGCCGAGUUGGCUGAGAUCACCGCCAACCAUGAAUACGAAUUGUCCCUCGGCGAGGCCACCUACGUCGACUGCUUCAAGGGUAACCUUGGCAAGCGUCUCGCCACCGGUUGCGGUCUACAGGCUCUCCAGCAACUGACCGGUGUCAACUUCAUUUUCUACUACGGAACUCCCUUCUUCCAGAACUCUGGUAUCGCCAACGGUUUCACCAUCAGUUUGAUCACCUCUUGCAUCAACGUCGCCUCCACUUUCCCUGGUCUGUACUUGGUCGAUAGAUGGGGCAGAAGAAAGCUCCUGCUCUUCGGAGCCAUUGGUAUGGCUGUCUGCCAACUCAUCGUUGCUGGAGUCGGUCUCGAGCCAGUCGCCAACCAAUCCGCCCAGAAGGCUCUCGUCGCCUUCGUGUGUUUGUACAUUUUUUUCUUUGCAUGCAGCUGGGGUCCCUGUGCCUGGGUCGUGACCGGCGAAAUUUUCCCCCUCAAAGUCAGAGCCAAGUCCCUUUCGAUGACUACCGCCUCCAACUGGUUGCUUAACUGGGCGAUCGCGUACUCGACCCCCUACAUGGUAUCCGGAAUGCACACCAAUGUCUUCUGGGUAUGGGCAGGCUUUUGCGUGUGCUGUUGCUUCUUUGUGUAUUUCUUCAUCUACGAGACCAAGGGGCUCUCCCUGGAGCAGGUCGACGAGCUCUACGGCAAGGUAUCCAAGGCCUGGCAGUCAGAAGGCUUCGUACCCACUGUCUCCUUCCAGGAGGUGCAAGAUAUCACCGGUGGCGCCUCUCGCAACCAGUCACUUGCCGACAUUGAGAACACUGCCAUGCGCAAGAAGAGUGUUACUCAUCAGGAGAGCACCAUGGGCGAGAAGUACUAA